AUGGCGAAGGCAUAUGAUGGGGCGGCGGAAGGAUCAUUGAGGAGGUUAAGGACUGCUUGUGAGAGGGCGAAGAGGACUCUGUCAUCGACUGCACAGACCACAAUUGAGAUUGAUUCUUUGUAUGAAGGUAUUGAUUUUUACUCGACUAUUACUAGAGCGAGAUUUGAGGAGCUGAACAUGGAUUUGUUCAGGGAGUGUAUGGAGCCAGUGGAGAAGUGUUUGAGGGAUGCCAAGAUGGAUAAGAGCAGUGUUCAUGAUGUGGUUCUCGUCGGUGGAUCAACUAGGAUUCCCAAAGUUCAGAAAUUACUUCAAGAUUUCUUCAAUGGGAAGGAGAUUUGUAAAAGCAUCAACUCGGACGAAGCAGUAUCCUUUAAAGAGGGUCUUAAAGAGGUUUUUCGGCGACCGGAAAACCAACCAAAAAUGGCGGCAGAACGAUCAUCACGCUGGUGUAAAGGGAGGGAAAAGUGGGAAGGGAUACAAAGAAAAUCGGUGGAAGGAGGGGGAGAUCGGAAAGUUUAA